AGAAUCUCAUUUGGAUUACGAUCAAUCUUCAAUUCAAACUCCUAAUAGACCUCCUUCAAUGUCUCCUUCGUCUUCGGCUUCUUCAAUUGGUUCUAAUAAAAAUUAUACCGUUCCAAAACCAUUUUCAUUAUACGAUAAACCAACGGUUUCCUCCUCACAAAAACUGUUGGGCUCCUUAUACGAUAAGCCAACCAUAUCAUCCUCCCAAAAAUCUUUAAAUAAAUUCCAAAAAUUUAAGAAUAGAUUUCAUUGAAUUUUUUUUUUGCAUCUAUAGACACUAUUCAUGAAUUUACGUUUUAUAUCAAAAACAUUUUUGUAACCGGGGACACUACCCCCUCUCUAUAUGAGCGUAGUCAAAAUUUCAAACAACCAACAAAACAAUCAACUUCGAUUAAUACCACGUUUAACCAACCAUGUCAAUUGAAGAAACUGAAGAUAAAGUGAUCUUGACCCAUCCUAGAGAACCAACCACCAAAGUCAGCAUUUUGAAGUAUGGUGCCACCGUGAUUUCAUGGGAAAAUAAGGGUAAAGAGCAAUUAUGGUUAUCAGAAGCAGCAAAAUUAGAUGGAUCUAAACCCGUUAGAGGUGGUAUUCCAUUAGUAUUCCCAAUUUUCGGGAAACAGAAGAAUGAAGAACAUCCAACUUAUAAAUUACCCCAACACGGAUUUGCUAGAAACUCAACCUGGGAGUUCUUAGGACAAACUAGUGAAAAUCCAUUAACGGUUCAAUUUGGAUUAGGACCAGAGAACGCUAAUAAGGAAAUUUACAAUUUAUGGAAUGAAGGUAAAAAUAACUUCACUUUAAUCUUGAGUAUUGAAUUGGGUGACGACCAUUUGAAAACAAACAUUGAAGUUGAAAAUAACGGGGACGAAGCCUUUGAUUUCAAUUGGUUAUUCCAUACUUAUUUGAAAGUACCUGAUGUCACCGACUGUUUAGUCACUAAUUUAAUUGACCAGAAAUGUUAUGAUCAAUUAUUGGCCACUGAGUACAUUGAAAAAUCCCCCAUGGUUUGCUUUAAUGAAGAAUUCGACCGUAUCUAUAAAAAAAUCGAUACCGAUAAAAUCUUCCAGGUGGUCGAAUUAGGUAAAGUCUUGAUCAAUGUGCAAAGAGAAAACUUACCCGACAGUGUUGUUUGGAACCCAUGGAUUGAGAAGUCCAAUGGCAUGGCGGAUUUCGAACCUAAAAAUGGCUAUUUGAACAUGCUUUGUAUUGAACCGGGCCAUGUAUCUGAUUUUGUCACUUUGAAAAAUGGUGAAAAAUGGUCUGGUUCCCAAACCAUUAGCUUAGGUGGUGAUAUCAAGGUUCAAUCUAACAUCUAUUAAAUAUUCUCCUCAUAUACCAUUAUAUACUAUAUAUACAACUACUAUUGUAGCACUAUUUAUGUCUUUCA